CGGCGGCGGCGACCUGUCAGAGCCGGGGCGGCGAUGGCGGGCCGGCGCGGCGCGGCUUGGAGGCCGUGGUUGCAGCUCCUGUUGUUGCUCUCGUGGCGGGGCGGCGCGGCCCAGGCGGCGGCGCACAUCAAGAAGGCGGAGGCCGCCGCGUCGCCCGGGGAGGCCGCGCGCUACUUGGACGAAGCCGAGCUGGCCGAGACGCUGCGGCGGCUGUCGGAGGAGGAGGCUCCGCGCGGCCUGGCGCGGCUCUUCUCCAUCGGGCGCUCGAACGAAGGGCGGGAGCUUUGGGUGCUGCGCCUCAGCGACGGCCUCCCGGAGCCGGGCGGCGGCGGCGGCGGCGGCCCCCCCAUCGCGGGCCGCCCUCAGGUCAAGCUGGUGGCCAACAUGCACGGCGACGAGGCGCUGGGCCGCGCGCUGCUGGUGCGCCUGGCCCGCGAGCUGGUGGCCGCCUGGGCGCGCGGGGAGCCGCGGGCGCGCCGCCUGCUCGGCACCACCGACCUCUUCCUCCUGCCCAGCCUCAACCCGGACGGCUUCGCGCGCGCCGAGGAGGGCGACUGCCAGGGCGACGGCGGGCGGGAGAACGGCCGCGGCAGGGACCUCAACCGCAGCUUCCCGGACCAGUUCGGCGCCGCCCGGCCGGGCCUGGCGGCCGUGCCCGAGGUGCGGGCGCUGAUGGCCUGGAUGCGGCGCAACCGAUUUGUGCUUUCUGGGAACUUCCAUGGGGGAUCUGUUGUUGCCAGCUAUCCAUUUGACGACUCAGACUCACACCAGUCCUCUGGAGUAUACAGUAAAUCUGCUGAUGAUGAAGUUUUCAAAUAUCUGGCAAAAGCCUAUGCAUCAAACCAUCCAAUAAUGAAAACUGGAGUCCCAAACUGUCCUGGGGAAGAGGAAGAAACUUUCAAAGAUGGCAUCACCAAUGGUGCUCAGUGGUAUGAUAUAGAAGGUGGAAUGCAAGAUUAUAACUAUCUUUGGGCUAACUGCUUUGAGAUCACAUUUGAACUUUCCUGUUGCAAAUACCCACCAGCUGCACAGCUUGAGCAGGAGUGGCAGAAUAACCGGGAAUCUCUGCUCACCUUCAUUGAAAAAGUACAUAUUGGAAUUAAAGGAUUUGUGAGAGAUUCAGUCACUGGGUCUGGCUUGGAAAAUGCAACCAUUGCUGUGGCUGGGAUUGCUCACAACGUUACAACCGGACAGUUUGGUGACUAUUACAGACUGUUGGUGCCUGGGACCUAUAAUAUCACAGCUUCUGUCAUAGGUUACCUGCCAGUCACCACAGAGAACAUUGAAGUGAAGGAAGAAAAUGCAACUGUAGUGGACUUCUCCUUGCAUCCUGCAGUCACAGUGUUGACUUCCAGGCCUACUAAGGAAGCUCCGAUAGCUGCCAACCACUCUCUUGACAGUGCAGCAAGUACAACUGAUGUAAACAGGUCCACCUCUGUUCACCAGGUGAUCCAGCCAGAUGAUUUUCGCCAUCACCACUUCCCUGAUAUGGGGAUCUUUCUGAGGAAAUAUGCCACUGAAUACCCAAACAUCACACAUCUCUACUCGGUAGGCAAGUCAGUGGAACAAAGGGAAUUGUAUGCAAUGGAGAUAUCAGAUAACCCAGGCAUCCACGAAGCAGGUGAACCGGAAUUCAAGUAUAUUGGGAAUAUGCAUGGCAAUGAAGUAGUAGGAAGGGAGUUACUCCUCAAUCUCAUAGAGUAUCUCUGCAAGAACUAUGGAACUGAUCCUGAAGUUACUGACUUGAUCCAAAAAACUCGGAUACAUAUCAUGCCAUCAAUGAACCCUGAUGGCUAUGAAAGGUCUCUAGAAGGAGACACAUCGGGAACUUUUGGCAGAAACAACAGCAACAACUAUGAUUUGAAUCGCAACUUUCCAGAUCAGUUUGUCCAAAUCACUGAUCCCCUGCAGCCAGAGACAAUAGCUGUUAUGAACUGGCUGAAGACCUAUCCCUUUGUGCUAUCUGCAAACUUGCAUGGAGGUUCUCUGGUGGUUAACUACCCCUAUGAUGAUAAUCGACUAGGAAUUGCCACAUAUAGUAAAUCCCCUGAUGAUUCUAUUUUUCGGCAGAUAGCUCUUGCCUAUGCUAAGGAGAAUGUGCAGAUGUUCCAGGGCCACCCAUGUGACAACAUGUAUCCUGAUGAAUACUUCCCCCAUGGCAUCACUAACGGCGCAAAAUGGUAUAAUGUUCCAGGUGGCAUGCAGGAUUGGAAUUACUUUAACACAAAUUGCUUUGAGGUGACGAUUGAGUUGGGCUGUGUCAAAUAUCCCAGGGCAGAAGAGCUGCCAAAAUAUUGGGAGCAGAACCGCCGGUCUCUGCUGCAGUUUAUCAAGCAGGUUCAUCAAGGAGUCAGAGGGUUUGUGUUGGACGCCACUGAUGGACGAGGCAUCUUGAAUGCAACCAUCAGCAUUGCCGGCAUCGACCACCCUGUCCCUACCUACACGACUGGGGAUUACUGGCGCCUGCUGACUCCAGGAACGUACAAGAUCACAGCAUCGGCCCGGGGGUAUAAUUCAGAGACAAAGAUAGUAAACGUUGAAGCCAACAAUGCGGUACAAGUCAACUUUACUUUGAGUCGAAAAGGCUCCAAAGUUGAAGAAGGAUUGGCACCACAUGUGAACAUGGCAGACUCUAACGGGCCCAUCACCAAGGAGUUUGAAACCCUGGUCAAAGACCUCUCAGCAGAGAAUGGCUUGGAACAUCUCCUCUUGGCUUCUUCAGCUGAUGUUCAGCCCUCCCGUUAUCGUCCCUACAAAGACCUGUCUAUGUUCCUUAGAGGCUUGAAUUUGAAUUAUCCAGAAAUCACAAAUCUUGUUAGCUUGGGCCAAAGUCGUGAGAUUCGUCACAUCUGGUCCCUAGAAAUCUCUAACAAACCCAACCAGUCUGAGCCAGAAGAGCCAAAGAUCCGUUUUGUUGCUGGCAUCCAUGGCAAUGCCCCUGUUGGUACCGAGCUCCUCCUGGCUCUGGCAGAGUUCCUCUGCAUGAACUACAAAAAGAACAUGGCUAUUACACAGAUGAUUGAGAAGACAAGAAUAGUGAUUGUGCCAUCCCUAAAUCCAGAUGGGCGUGAGAUUGCCCAGGAAGGAGAUUGUACCUCCAAAACGGGUCAAACCAAUGCCAACAGCAAAGAUCUGGACACAGAUUUCACAAGCAAUUCCUCUGUGGCAAGGGAACCCGAAACAAAGGCCAUUAUGGAGAACCUGAUACAGAAGCAAGACUUCAGCCUCUCGGUUGCCUUAGAUGGAGGGUCCCUACUUGUUACUUACCCAUAUGACAAACCAGUGCAGACAGUGGAAAACAAAGAAACUCUGAAACAUUUGGCUUCGGUCUAUGCAAACAAUCACCCUACAAUGCACCUGGGGCAGCCUGGUUGUCCAAACAAAUCAGAUGAGAAUAUCCCGGGAGGUGUGUUGCUUGGAGCGCAAUGGCACAGUCAUCUGGGCAGCAUGAAGGAUUUUAGUGUCACGUAUGGGCACUGCCCUGAGAUCACGGUAUAUACCAGUUGCUGUUACUUUCCAAGUGCAGGACAACUCCAUACUCUAUGGACAGAGAAUAAGAAAUCUCUUCUCAGUAUGCUGGUGGAGGUUCAUAAAGGAGUCUAUGGCUUCGUCAGAGACAAGCAUGGCCGACCAGUGCCCAAGGCCCAAAUUGUGUUCAAUGAAGGAAUAAAAGUGCGCACCGAGGAAGGUGGCUAUUUCCAUGUGCUUCUCGCUCCAGGCUAUCAUAAGAUCCAUGCUAUCGCUGAAGGCUAUCAGCAGCAGCAUGUCCAGGUCUUGGUUCGCCCUGACAUGGCCAGCUUCCUGCGUAUACAGUUUGACAUAGACAAUAAGAUCUUUGGUCUUCCGAGAGAGUUGGUGGUUACAGUAGCAGGUGCGACCAUGUCAGCCCUGAUCCUCACAGCCUGCAUCAUCUGGUGUGUGUGUUCUAUCAAGUCCAACCGGCACAAAGAUGGCUUCCACCGCCUGCGGCAGCACCAUGACGAUUAUGAGGACGAGAUCCGUAUGAUGUCCACUGGCUCUAAGAAGUCGCUUCUGAGCCAUGAAUUCCAGGAUGAAACGGACACUGAGGAGGAAACAGUUUACUCCAGCAAACACUGAUCUACCAGCGGCAGGGAGCUCCCUGCAGAGACACACUUCACAACACUGAGCAUUUUUCUCAACCAGUGGACACAGAAUGCGUGACCUUCCAAAUCCCAGUUCUUGGUUCAUGCCAAUUUCUGUUUAUGCACAAGACGGUCUUACUGUACAUGCUUGGAGUCAGAACUGGGACCCUUUGGCAAUUCGGCCAGUGGCAAAAUAGCCACUCCAAUGAUGGAAGCUGCCAUGGAGCUGCUGGCUUUUCUAGUACUUCAGGAAAGUUUUCCUUAAACCAUUCUUCUGCUACUUGGGGGAGAUACAAGGCUUGGUCUCUGAGCUACUGUCCACUGCAGCAUAUGGACAGUUCGGAACUUUCUUCCCUGCCUGCCUGCCUGCCUGCCUACCUCCCUGGAAUAGUUUCCAGGGUUGGUUGCAAAGGCGUUAAAAACAACAAGCUUAUUCCCUUUAUUAAGGAGAGUAAAAUUUUGUCUGCUGAGAAUGACUUCAGGUUAGGUCUUUUUGGCGGAUACUGACUUGAAAUAUGUGUUGAGAUAUGGGAAUAUCUCCCUCUCCGGUUGAGGCUGCAGUUGUUGAUUUUUAAAACACAACACUUACCCUUCCUUUAAUUCUCUUGCACAGGUCCUGCUGCAGCAUUUCUGCUGGCUUUAUUUGAGAACAUAGGACAGCAGGCGGUGCAGUUCUGUGCUGAGAAAGAAUAACUCCUGAUAGUCUAAUACUAAUUGGGUAUUGAAAUUCCAGCUUGGUGCCAAAUGUUUUGCAACUUACUUUUGGGAUCUGUGGAAGCAUCCAGACUACUGCUUGGUUUGACAGGGGCUGCAGUCGAGGAAAAACUUUCCAUAAGAAAAUCUGCUUUGAAAGCGCCAAGCCACUUUUUCAGGAAAAUGCCUUGUUCUUUCCUUUCAGUUACUGCAUCUGUAACUACAGUUUGCUGCUCUUCUGCCCAGACUGAAUUUUGUGUGGAAUUGUGCUCUUCUCAGAUUCUUCUUUUGAACUAUGUCCCAAAUAUAUAGUGGGUCUGUUCUGGAAGGAAGGUGGUGCAGUGGUUACUGUUCCUCACAUUAUAUGUUACGAGUCUAGCCUUUUAUUCUUGUAGCACUUUGAUUUGAAAUGUUAAAUGUUUGGAAAAAGUGAGAAGCUGUUGUACAGCUGCUAAGUACUAGUCUUGGACUAGAAGACCAUCUUUAAACAAGAUCACUUUCCUAUUUAUGCAUUGGGGAGUUAAAUUCUACCAUUCCUUGAUAACUUUAGGUAGUGCAUGGAGGCUGAGAAUAUAGUUGAAAGUGUUAUCUGCAACUCCAAGUGCUUGCUUAAGAACUGGAAAUGGAUCUAGAGAAUCUGUUUAGGGUCUUGUUAUUACCACGAGGUUUGACCUCAGACGCCUCAAAAUUCUUUCUAGUCUCUUAAAACUUGCCAGAAAUGGGAACAAUGACUUGUUUUGAUGGCUUAUUCAGUUGCUUGGUUGUACUAAUAAGGAUUUCCCAAAACAGUUUAGCUCCCUUGUGAAAUGUCAAACCCAUUUUAUAACGGGCAUUAUAAUAAUAAUAAUAAUAAUAAUAAUAAUAAUAAUAAUAAUAAUAAUAAUGUUGGACUCUGUGGCCAUCUUUCCCAGGAAAGCCAUAGAGCGUAGAUGCUAGAAGUUUAGGCUACAUUCUUAAGCAUACUAUGAUGUAGGACAAAUUGUGGGACUUAUAUUUAAAAUCAACAAGUAAAUGUUUUAAGUUUGUCCUUCUGAAUCAGUUUAUUUUAGCCCCUGCCAUCUGCUGGAAAGUAUGCAGUACUAAACCAAGUGCCUCAGUCUGUUAGCAUUAUUAAUUCUCCUAGUAUAUCCAUGUCGUAAGGUUCAAGCAAUGUUAUCCCUGUUGUGUUCUGCUUUAAUUGAACUUCGCUGCUUUUUGUCAGAUUACCUAUAAGAGCUUUCUUUGAAAUGAAGUUGGAUUUGAUUCCAAAUCCCUAGCCGGUAUCUUUUGGGCCUCGGGGUAGGUUUCUUUAAUCUCUGUUGGAAUGUGCAUUAUCCUCCUCAUUCUAGUCCAGAAUUUAAAAGAAAAGCAGUUCAAAAUCUCUUGACUAAAUUUGCCAGCAAUAACUGAUGUGUCAAGCACCAGCCAUAGCCUUCUUUCGACUUGUUCAAAUCUAGCUAGAAACACAACUUGGAAGUCAGUCUUGCCACAGUGUUCACAGGUGGCUGCAUCUUUCUGGUAGUAAUUAUGUAUUUUUUUUCUAUUAAAAUAAUAGGGUGGCUGCUGUUACUUUUUGUAGAACACUAUAUGUCUUUGAGAGGCCAUGUUAGCCUCUGUGGCAUAGAAGAAUCAACUGCAGCCACCUAUGUGUGCUUGCCACUUUGAUUUGGGGGGGGGGGUCCCUGUACUGUGCCUUCGGAAGCAGGUGUUGAAAGGAAGGGCUUGACUUAGGAAUGCAAACCAAUUAGUGUCAGUGACAACUUGAAGGUCUGUACACCAAACAAGACUGCAAGUGUGUUUGAUUAAAAUGUAUGCUAAGCUCUAAUCUGUGUAAAACUUUUACGAUGUCUC